AUGCAAGAAACCAUCCAGAAAAAGAAGACUUUCCUGUGCACUAAAUUCUGGGUUGCCCCUCCAGCUGAUGGCACAGAGGAAGUUGCCACUGUAAAACUGACCAUCACAGGAGACAGGGUCAAUGUUGAGGAGCAGAAAAAGGUCCUGAUCUGCAAGGCCAGGAAUGGCACCAUCAUCCAAACAGACAAGCCCAUCUAUGAACCAGGGCAGACAGUGAAAUUUCGCAUUGUGACUCUGGAUGAGGAAUUCCUUGCACUCAACGAUUCGAUUUCCCUGUUUCUCCUGGACCCUAAGAACAACCAGAUAGAGCAGUGGCAGAACGUGGUCCCUCGUGAUGGCAUUGCAGACCUGUCUUUCCAGCUGAGUGAUGAGCCCCUGCUGGGAACAUACGUCAUCAAUGUCACCAGCGCCAGAGCCUACGGCAGCUUCUCCGUUAAGGAGCGCGUGCUGCCAAAAUUUGAAGUGAUCUUUGAGGCGCCAAAUCAGAUUUAUGCACUAGAGACCACCUUCCCGCUCCGGGUAUGUGGCAGAUACACUCGUGGGAAAAGCAUCCAGGGGAUGGUUCAUGUGAGCAUUUGUCAGAAGAUAGCCCCGUUCCUGCCCAGUGCUUCCAAACCGGAUCUCUGCUACAAAUUCAGCAACCAGACAGAUGAGGCAGGUUGCUUCUUCACCAAUGUGAGCCUGUCCUCCUUCAGCCGAGACUUUCGGUACUAUCGGGACAGCAUAGUUGCAGAGGCCUCGCUGGUGGAGGAUGCCACAGAGAUACAGGUCAAUGCUUCCCACAAAUUACUUAUCUCCAGGAUUGGCGGGAUGGUAUUGUUUGAUGAUGUGAAUUCUUACUACCACACUGGACAGAUGUACAGAGGAAAGAUUAAAGUAAUUGAUUACCAAGGCAAAGCACUGAAGAACAAAGAAGUCCUCCUUGUAGUAAACUGCGCUGAGCAGCAAUUUAGGCAGAAGUACAUCACUGGGGAUUCUGGAACAGCUGUAUUUAGCCUGGACACCUCUGCCUGGAACAGCACCUUGGCCUCCCUGGAGGCAAGUGUCCUGCAUCAAGAUUCAGACAGAGAGCCUGGGACAGUUGACUUGAGUUACCAGCGAGCCUCUUAUUCCAUACAUCCAUUCUACAGCAACAGCAGGAGCUUCCUCUCUAUCAUCCGUGUGCCAGAGACAAUGCCCUGUGGUAAAACGCAAUCUGUCCACGUGGACUUCAGAAUUUAUGAGGAAGACCUGGAACACGGGCCCAAGCGUGUCAUCUUCUCCUACUUUGUCACAGGGAAAAGAGGGAUAGUCCAUGCAGGUCAGCAGACUGUUUGGGUUGGGCUGCCAAGAAUGCUGGAAGGCUCCUUCUCCAUCCCUCUUACAUUCAGCUUGACCUACGCCCCAGCUCCAAGACUUCUUGUUUAUGUCAUCUUCCCUAAUGGAAAAAUCAUUGCUGAUUCUGCCAUCUUCAGUGUCUCCACAUGUUUCAGAAACAAGGUGGAGCUGAACUUCUCAACGCCAGAGACUCUUCCUGGCUCACAGGUUGGCCUCCGCCUGCAGGCAGCUCCUGGCUCCACAUGUGCCGUCUGGGCUGCGGAUCCAAGUGCCUUUUGGAUGAAGCCAGGAAAAGAACUGAGCAGCCACUCGAUCUAUGGGCUGUUCCCAUCUGUUUAUAACUUCAGGUAUCCUCACCAAGUGUCUGAAGAUGAUCGUUCAUGUGGGUUCCCAAAUUCUGAUGAGCCUGAUGUGUUUACGGCAUUCAGGGAAAUGGGGUUGAAAAUUAUGUCCAACACCAAUAUCAAGAAACCCAGAGUAUGUCCAACCACUCCACUGACAACUAUGCUGCAGGAAAGAGGAAUGUCUAUUUCCAGGCCCAUGUUGACAUUUGCCCAGCCCCAUAAAGUGUAUAACAAGCAUCUGACAUCAACCUAUCAGCCCACUAUGUUUCCACCUUUUUAUGCAGCUGAGGAGAAAGCACACAAGCACUUUCACCAAACCUGGUUGUGGGAUUUGUAUUCUGUGGGCCCCAGUGGGAACAAGAGUAUCACUGUCACUGUGCCUGACACCAUCACAGAAUGGAAAGCAGGAAUGUUCUGCACAGGACGGAACGGCUUUGGGUUUGCUCCAGCCUCUCAGUUGAUUGUUUCCAAGCCCUUUCUUGUAGAGCUGCCACUGCCAUCUUCUGUGGUCCAGGGUGAGACCUUCAACUUGAAGGCCACAGUCUUCAACAACCUGCAGCAAUGCAUGAGGAUCCAAGUGACCCUGGAGGAGUCUGCACACUUCCAGCUGAAGCCAUGCAAAGACUGUGUCUACAGCCGCUGCUUGUGUGCUGGGGAAGCCAAGACCUUUCAGUGGAGUGUCACAGCUGAGCAGCUGGGGCUCGUGAACAUCACCCUCAGCACAGAGGCUGUGGACUCCAAAGAGCUCUGUGGUGAGGAGAUACCAUUUGUCCCAAAACAAGGACAGAAAGACGCGAUCACCAAACUCAUUCAAGUCCGGCCAGAGGGAGUGUUGGUAGAAAAGGCUCACAGCUCCAUCCUGUGUCCCGAAAAAGGGAAUCCAGCAGAGGAGUCUGUGUCCCUGGUGUUGCCUCUAAAUGUGGUUGAAGGUUCAGUCAGAGCCACCGUCUCAGUAACUGGGGACCUCAUGGGGAUGGCACUGCAGAACCUGGAUCACCUGGUGCAGCUGCCCCACGGCUGUGGGGAGCAGAACAUGGUGCUGUUUGCCCCCGUUGUCUAUGUGCUGCAGUACCUGGAGAAGACGAGGCAGCUGAGCCCUGAGAUCAAGGACAGGGCAACAGGAUUCCUGCGCAAUGGGUACCAGAUACAGCUGCAGUAUCAGCACCCUGAUGGCUCCUACAGUGAAUUUGGUACCAAGGAUGAGUAUGGUAAUACUUGGCUGACUGCAUUUGUGGUUAAAUGCUUUGUCCAAGCCAAGCCAUACAUUUACCUGGACAACCAGAUUAUCCAAGCUGCUCUCACUUGGCUGGAAUUCCAUCAGCUUCCCAGUGGUUGCUUCAAAAACGUGGGACAACUUUUCCACACAUUCAUGAAGGGAGGUGUAGAUGGGGAAGUCCCCUUGGCUGCCUACAUCACUGCUGCAUACUUGGAGGCAGGAGCAACACCAGAGAGCACGGUGGUGCGCAGGGCUCUGGGCUGCAUCGCUCCUGCCCUCCCCAAGGCUGCCAGCACUUACACCCAGGCCCUGCUGGCCUACACCUUUGCCCUGGCUAAAGACUCUCAGCGCACACAAGAGCUCCUCGAUGUGCUUGGCCGAAAGGCGAUCAGAGCAGAUGGGCAGAUCCACUGGAGUCAGACGUCUUCCAAGCCCAGAACCAGUACCAGCCCUUGGUCACAACCAGUGUCUGUGGAUGUGGAGCUGACAGCCUACGUCCUCCUGGCCCUGCUCUCCAAGCCAAAUGUCACAGAGUCUGACCUUACCAUGGCCUCUGGCAUUGUGGCCUGGCUCACCAGGCAGCAGAAUGCCUAUGGAGGCUUUGCCUCAACACAGGACACAGUAGUGGCUUUGCAGGCAUUGGCUAAGUAUGCAGCACUGACACACAGCACACAGGGGGAUGCAGAGGUGAGGGUGAGGUCCCAUGGAGGCUUUGGGAAGAAGUUCCAAGUCUCCUACCAGAACCGGCUGCUGGUGCAGGAGGCGGCACUGACAGAGGUCCCGGGCAAGUUCUUGGUGCAGGCCCAUGGCAGCUGUUGUGUCUUUACUCGGAUGGUGCUGAGGUACAACACGCCCUCCCCACAAGACUCAACAUCCUUUGCCUUGCAAGUGAAAACUGAGCCAGUCAAUUGCACCAAGGACAAUACACGCUCUGUUACUGUCCAUGUUGAUGUCAGGUACAAUGGGAAGAAAUCCACUUCCAACAUGGUGAUUCUGGAGGUGUCCUUACUGACUGGAUUUGCCCUGGCUCCAGAAUCCGGGGUGUCUCUGCAGCAUGGACACUUAGUGAGAAGAACUGAGAAAACACAAGGAGGUGUUGCCAUCUACUUGGACAAGCUGAGCCAUAUCUCUGACACAUAUGUCCUGCAUCUGGAGCAGGAGAUUGAGGUGACCAACCUGAAGCCAGGCCAUGUCAGGGUCUAUGAUUACUACAACCCAGAGGAGCAGGCCCUGGCUGACUAUAAUGUCUUCUGCAUCUGAGGGACUUGGACUGCUUCCUUACUGUCCACUGCUUCAGCUCAUGGGGAUCCCACUAGUGCAAGAUGCCUUAGGACAGUGGGGCUGCUGCAUUAUUGUUCCUGGUAUAAUGAGACACCUGGAAAGUCACAUCUCAGGCUUGGGAUUUUGGUGCUGGGACACAUCUCAGGUUGGAUUUCAGGACUAGCUCCAGCCUAACCUAUGCUGCUUAUCCUGACAGCCAUUACCUGGUGAAUUUUUUGGGGUGUCUGAUUAAUUCUGAUUGUUUUA